UAAUGAGCACAUGCAAUGUCAAUCCCACAGCAACACCCAGAGUUCAGUGGGCUCGGCGGCCUCUGCUACUUCAUGCAGUUCAUCCCUCAACCCAGUGAGAUCCUGGACUUCUUCAACCCAGUGGCCAAUCAGAUCAUCCAGCUGCUGAAGGGCAAAGCUUGCCUUCCUGCCAAAGAGGACAGCGAGGGCCGCGGGGAGUUCAAGCAGCCUUCCCAGCUGGCCGUGUGUCAGGACCGUCUGAUCCAGGACGUGAUUGGAGGAGAGGAUCUGUGCAGAAACCUGAGUCUGUCUUACCUGCAUCCUGCGCUGCAGUCGCGUCUCUCCAGCUCGCUGCUAACCGCGCUGGGCGUUCAUCGCCUCAGAGCCAACGAGAUCAUCACCGUCACCUGCGCCAUGGCCAGAGAGCUCGUGCAACACGGCCGGCUCAAGACAGAGCCUGAUCUGAAGAAGCUGGCCAGGCUGUUGGUGUGUGACUUUCGUGCGCUGGAGCCGGAGUAUGAAGUUGACGCCCUGCUCCAGUCCCUCAGAGACGUUCCCAUGAUCCCUCUGGCCAACGGCAGUGUGGUUUCUCUGAGUUCAGAGGGAGUUUUCUUUCCUCUCAGUGAUGUGACGCAAGCUCAAACAGAUCUGCAGGCUCUGUACCAGGACCUGAACAUCGUGGAGCCGCCGGGCUGCUGGCGCGUCUGGAUGAAUGGGAACCGCAGGCGCGUGGGAGCUGCCCGAGACCGAACGCCCACUCAGCUGGAGCCGCAGCAGGUCCCUGCAGCAGCACAUCUACCCGCCAAGCUCAGGAGCAAAGCCUGGGAGGUCAGACACGCUUCUCCUCGCUCUUUUACCCAAAGUGCUCUUAAUAUGUGA